CCGUCUGCCCCUCAUAUUGCAGUUCCCGACGAUCAGAGAACACUCAAACUAAUUCGUAAGCCUGAACGUCGGCAAAUCUUCCUAAACCACUCUUUUCGCCGCUGCAGCGUAUAUUGUACACAUUAAUUCAUUAGAAUUUUAAAAUGGCUCGCAAUUUCUCCACAGCCAAGCAGCUCUCUUCUUUCGUCCUUCACAGAAUAUCCGUCGCCGCCAUCUGCAGGAGGGGAUAUGCGGCGGAGGGAGCGGUGGCGAGUGGAAGGGCAAAGAGCAAUAGCAAUAGCAAUGCUACGCCGAAAAGUGGAAAUGAAGCGGUAGACAAGGCGGCGGCUUCAUGGUAUCCGGAUCCUGUAACAGGGUAUUAUAGACCCGAGGGUGAAGAUGAUAAGGUGAUAGACGCUGCUGAUCUGCGUCUCAUGUUCUUGAAGAACACACCUCGAAAACAAUGAUUUAUGACAACGAAAAAUCUGCUUAAACGACCAAAAUAUAUGUUUUGUGUGUUGGAUUAAUUAUAAAUAUAUAUAUGGUGGAAAUCUUUAGAUUUAGAAAUAGCGACUUAAGUAUUAUUGUUGCAUGCAACUUUUUCAUAUGAUAUUGUGGAUAUAAUACUAAUUAAUAAUAAAAUUCAUUUUCAUCA